UUCAGUGGGAGGAGUCCUGAUGUACCUGCAACAGAACAUCAACUACCAAGUCUGCGGUAUCAAGAAAGUCUCAUUGGACCGAAGAAAUGGAGGAAAAAUUUGUGGAACAUUUGCAGGAGCACCAGUGCCUAUCUGAUGUUUCAUCUGAACAGUACUACAACCGGGUGGAGAAAGAGAAGAGUUGGAGAGAAAUUGCCAAAUCUUUUGGACAGUCAGAUGAUUACCAAAAUGUGUCAGAUCUAUCCAUGGUCAAACGCAAACCAUUAUCACGGAAGUUGGCCUCUGCUGGCCCCAAGUGGCGAAGAACAGAACAGCAAGAGGUAGAUUUUAUAAAUCCAAGGCCAGAAAAGAGGAAUGAACUGUGUGACAGCAGUGUCAGCAGCAGCCCAUCCACAUUCAGCAAGCGAUUCAAUGACAGUGAAAAAGAUCAAGUGCCCAAUCCCGCCUGGAAACAUGCCAGGCACCUGAAGGACAGGAUUAAAGCACACCGCACACAAUCCCAACAGGGUGGCACCAUGAAGACCAUGGAGCCCAUAGAGGCAACCUUCAUCCAGGAGUGGGCAAACUUGCAUGCAACAGAAGUGACGCACCGUUUCUUUGAAAUGAUUUCCAUGCAGUUAGAAUGCUGGUAUGAAAGGAAGAUUCUGGAGGUCCAGAAUGUGGCGGAACAGAAAGCUCUGCAGGACAGAGCUAGUCUGCUGGAGAAGAUCAACAUGCUGGAGGAAGAGCUACAGAGGCUUCAUACUAACACUAAAACGAAAACUAACUCUUGACACUUAUUUAUUAGUAUCAGAGUGUUGGUUUCCAUCUUAUAGGAAAUUGGUGGCAAUAUGAACUACUUUGGAGCAUUGUAAACUAUAGUUUUCCAGUAUUAAAGUCCCCAUGUAUUGGUUUAUGAAAUAGCCAAAAGGCUUUAGUUUAUAUCACAGACAUGAACCAUGAUUUGCUGCAUGCUAUAGAGCGCAACACUGCCUGUCUACUUUUUCAAGAAUAUUUCCCAUUAAUUUUUCCACUGGGACCUCAUAAAUUACUUCAUAAAGUAGUUCUAAGCCAUAAACCAAAACAACCAGCUCUAAGGUGAAUCACAACAUUACGAACUUUACUUUGAAACAAAUAAGAAUUUAAAAAUGGAUAAGAACACAAAGGUAUAGUACUUAAAGGAAUAGUUCACCGAAAAAUUUAAAUUCUCUCAUAAUUUACUCACCCUUAUACCAUCCCAGAUCUUUAUGACUUUCUUCUGCUGAACACAAAUUGAGAUUUUUAGAAGAAUAUUUUCACUCAUACACUGCAAGUGAAUGGUGGUCAGAACUUUGAAGGUCUUUGCAAACAAGAUGAUUCAUCAUACUUUUCAUCUGUCAUUUUUGGCAGACAAAGACUGAAUUUUAAAUGUGUGUGUGUGUGUAUAUAUGACAUAUAUAUAUAUAUAUAUAUAUAUAUAUAUAUAUAUAUAUAUAUAUAUAUAUAUAUAUAUAUGUUUUAAGAGUACGCUAGUGUG